UAUAUAUUUUUUUUUUCUGGUGGUAAUGAAAAUGGCUCCGCAGAAUGCUGACUCGGAAUCUAUGCAAGUACAAGAGUUACCUGUGCCCCUGCCGAACCCACAGAAACCUGGAAACCGGGAGACCGAGAACCGAGAUGAGACCAUCAGUGAGGGGUCCAUAGACCGAAUCCCCAUGCGCCUGUGGGUGAUGCAUGGGGCGGUGAUGUUUGGCAGGGAGUUCUGUUACGCCAUGGAAACGGCAUUGGUCACACCCAUACUGUUGCAGAUUGGCCUUCCGGAGCAGUACUACAGUCUCACGUGGUUCCUGAGCCCCGUCCUCGGCCUCAUCUUCACACCACUCAUUGGGUCAGCAAGUGACCGCUGCACCCUGAGCUGGGGCCGCCGGCGGCCCUUCAUCCUCGCUCUCUGUGUGGGCGUCUUGCUUGGCGUAGCACUGUUCCUCAACGGCUCUGCCAUAGGUCUGUCCCUUGGUGAUGUCCCCAACCGGCAGCCCAUUGGCAUCGUACUCACAGUACUGGGAGUGGUGGUCCUGGAUUUCAGUGCUGAUGCUACCGAGGGCCCGAUCCGUGCCUAUCUGCUGGACGUGGUGGACAGUGAGGAGCAAGACAUGGCCCUCAACAUCCAUGCCUUCUCUGCUGGCCUCGGUGGUGCCAUUGGCUAUGUGCUGGGUGGGCUGGACUGGACUCAGACCUUCCUGGGCAGCUGGUUUCGGACCCAGAAUCAGGUGCUCUUCUUCUUUGCUGCCAUCAUCUUUAUGGUGUCGGUGGUCCUGCACAUCUUCAGCAUCGAGGAAGAGCAGUACAGCCCGCAGCAGGACCGCAACUCGGAGGAAGCCACUGCCCUGCCCAGUGCUAGGCCUGGCAGCAGCUUGGCCCCCACCACCCGCCUAAAUGCCCUUAGUGGGGGCAUGCAGAACAGCAGCCCUCCAUUCCCUGAUGAGGUACAGUCGGAGCACGAGCUAGCCCUUGACUACCUUGAUGUGGACAUCGUGCGCAGCAAGAGUGACUCCGUGCUGCACAUGCCAGAUGCCACACUGGAUAUGGAACCCGAGCUGCCCUUCCUGUAUGACAUCGAGCCCUCCAUCUUCCAAGAUGCCUCCUAUCCCAGCACCCCCCACAGCACCAGCCAAGAGCUCUUGAAGGCCAGGCUGCCCCACCUGUCCACCUUCCUCAGGGAAACCACCAAGGAGCAUGAUACCUUGCUUGAUAAUCACUUGAAUGAAGCUAGAGUCCCAAAUGGAAGUGGCUCCCCGCUGAGAGACACCCUCAGCAGCUGCACCAGGGUGGACCUGAAGCCCUCAGCCACAUCCAGCUCCAUGAGGCGGCGCAGGCACAUGUUCCGCCGGCAAGCCUCCAGCACCUUCUCUUACUAUGGCAAGAUUGGGUCCCACUGCUACCGCUACCGUCGGGCCAAUGCAGUGGUCCUGAUCAAGCCGUCCCGCAGCAUGAGUGACCUCUAUGACCUGCAGCAGCGUCAACGGCAACGCUGCCGGCACCGGAACCAGAGUGGGGCUACCACCUCCAGCGGGGACACAGAGAGUGAGGAGGGUGAGGGUGAGACCACUGUGCGCCUGCUGUGGUUGUCCAUGCUGAAGAUGCCCAGGGAGCUGAUGCGCCUCUGCCUCUGCCACCUGCUCACCUGGUUCUCUGUCAUCGCUGAGGCUGUCUUCUACACCGACUUCAUGGGCCAGGUCAUCUUUGAGGGGGACCCCAAGGCAGCCUCUAACUCCACCGAAGGGCAGGCCUACAAUGCCGGUGUGAAGAUGGGCUGCUGGGGCUUGGUCAUUUAUGCUGCUACCGGUGCUAUUUGCUCAGCCCUGCUACAGAAGUACCUAGACAACUAUGACCUGAGCAUCAGAGUGAUCUAUGUGUUGGGGACACUGGGCUUCUCUGUGGGCACAGCUGUGAUGGCUAUGUUCCCCAAUGUCUAUGUGGCCAUGGUCACCAUCAGCACCAUGGGCAUCGUGUCCAUGAGCAUCUCCUACUGCCCCUAUGCCCUGCUAGGGCACUACCAUGACAUCAAGGAGUACGUCCACCACAGCCCUGGGAAUUCCAAGCGUGGGUUUGGCAUCGACUGCGCCAUCCUCUCCUGCCAGGUCUACAUCUCCCAGAUUCUGGUGGCGUCUGCCCUCGGGGGUGUGGUUGAUAUUGUGGGGACUGUUCGUGUCAUCCCCAUGGUGGCCUCUGUGGGCUCUUUCUUGGGUUUCCUGACAGCCACAUUCCUGGUGAUCUAUCCUGAGGUAUCGGAGGAAGCCAAGGAAGAGCAGAAAGGCCUGUCUGUUCAGCCUGCUGGUGACGGUGAAGGCAGUGACAAGCCCACAGUCCUGAAGCUCUCUCGGAAGGAGGGUCUGCAGGGCCCAGUGGAGACCGAGUCCAUGGUCUGAGCUCCAGCUGACACAUUCCACAGUGGAGACGGGAGGGGAGGCUGCCGGCCACUGGCAUUGCUGGUGGUUGUGGGGGCAGCAGAUCAGCCAGUGCUUCUUCUCCGAACCCUUGAAGUUCAGUAGUUGUAGGGUAGGUUUGAGCUAUUAGGCAAAAUUAUCACACUAAUUACUUUUUCCACAAUUAAAAAAAAUCAUUUGAAAUCUUUUUUUAAUUGAAAAAUCUUUUAAUUUCAACUGUCUUAUUCUGCAGGUAUAUUAUUCUGCAUGUUUUUACAUUUUAAAACAUUUACAAUAUAGUCAAGUAAUUUAGAAAAAAUGGGAUUUUUGCAUUUCUGAAAUUAUAAUGAAAAUGCAAAACCUCUGAUGUCCUGGGUAUAUGUAGUCUGGGCACUCCAGACAAGAGCAGUGUAGUCAGUGAGGAGAACACCCUUCCCAGGUAUCCCUCUGGCCACCCACAGGUUCAUGGAUGCCCCUCAGAUCUUGUCAUGUUCUGUUGGUGCUGCCGCUGUUGGAGAGUAUUUUUCUUUAUGAUUAUUUUAGACAAAGUUUUUUUUCCUUUUUUUUUUUUAACUACUGUGGUUUUCUUAGAAGAACAGCAUCUCCUUUCCCUCAGAGAGUUUGACACGUCAUGCCCAGUGGCAUUGUGCGCAGGCACAGCCACACACCAAAGCUGGGGAGGGCCCUGAGGUGGCUGUGGGCAGGAAGGCCAAGGGCAUGACGUACACCAGUUCCUGGACAACCUGAACUCUCAAAUCCAGUGCUGCUGGAUCACCUACCUGUGUGAGCAUGUCUGCGUCCAGACCCUGCCCGGUCAUCCAUGCCUGGAGCUCCUCAGCCCAGUCCCCAGGCUCCUCACCGCACUUUGUCUCAUCUAAGCCUAUGCUGGAGAUCCGCACAGAGUUCCAGUCCCGCUGCAAGGCUACCUCGAGCGUGGUGGACAGCAGCCUCCAAGCAGGACAUGGAGGCUCAGGCAUCCCUCACUGCUGUGGCCAGAUGUGCUUGCUGGAACCUGUCUGAACUCAGCGACUUUCUUGCCUGCUCACUCACUCACCACUGGGAUUAGAACCAACACAGAGAGAAGCAAGCAUCUGGGAAAGGAAGGCCCUGACCAGUGGUGUUCUGGUUCCACACCCAAGCAAACUCAUCAAAUGCUGCAGCUGUUUGAAAAUGUUUUUCAAACCACAAUCUCUUUAUUUGAAACUAGGCAGUCUCUGCUCUUCUUAUGUGAAAUGGUCAGUCUAAGCUUUCUGAGAUCAGGAGGAAGAAGCUCUGCACAUCACACAGAUGGAGUCAAGUCUUAUCAUAAUUGCUGCCUCAAGUCCAUGUUUUUUAAAUAAAGU